ACGACGACAACACCGUUCACUCUAUACCUUUCCUGCCUCCGAGUGACCCCGAAGGCCAAAACAACAGCUCUGAUUCUGAAGUCUGAACCCCCACAAUACAGAGCUUCCUUCCAUUUCUGCCUUUACCAGCUAUACCCUAGUCUGUGUCUCAUCUCUCACAUCUCUCCGCCGCUGCCGCUUGAUACACACGUGCAGGUUGCACACCGCCACCGUGCUCCACGGCACCGACGUCGUAUGCAGCUGCCGCUCAAGCCCUACACCACGUCACCGCUGCCCACCUGUAUGCCCUCUGUUCCAUCGGUUCUCCGCACCUCGCCUUGCCGGUGAGACCCUCGGCCUUUCUCUCCCUCUGUUUCACCUCUCCGAUACACACUCCUCAGCCGCACCUCCACACCACGCUACCGUCGUCCUCCGCUCCACGACCACUGUUUCCAGUCCCUCGGUCUCUGCCUUGCAGUUGCCACCUUUCACGGCUCGCACUCCGUUCAUCCAGAACACGUUGCCGUUUUUAGCACGUCGUACCCCAGCACCGUGGAGACUGCAGCGCCACAAGCCCCGCAACACGACACCAUUCAAUCCGUGCCGUUCCAUCACCGAGUCCAGUUGAACACCGCCUGAAGCCUGGUGAGAUGGCCAGAUGGGACGAGAUUCUCUCCCUUCCUGUACAGAAUCCUCCAACCUUGGAAUUUUCUUCUGCUGACCUUGUGUGGUCAAAGGUGGAAGGUUGGCGUGACAAAACGAAUAGAGUUGUUCUAAUCCCAUUUGCCAGAGUGGAUGAUUUUGUAAGGGGUGAAUCUGCAAAUAAAGAGUGUCCAACGAGAUUUCAUGUUGAAGCAAGGCGGCGACGACCUCCAGAGAUGGCAUACAAGCCAAAGGUGGAUGGCAUUCUUGAAUAUAUUCUGUAUUGGUGUUCUUUUGGUCCUGAUGACCACCGGAAGGGUGGCAUUGUACGACCCAGUAGAACUACGUAUGUCCCAAAAAAGAAAAAUGCUGGCAGACCAAAUACUAAGAGAGGAUGCACUUGCCACUUUAUCGUGAAACGCUUAAUUGCUGAACCAUCAGUAGCACUCAUCAUAUAUAAUGAAGAUAAGCAUAUAGAUAAAAAAGGGCUGCCUUGCCAUGGUCCACAAGACAAGAAGGCUGCUGGAACACGUGCUAUGUUUGCCCCAUACAUCUCAGAGGACCUCCGUCUGCGUGUCCUAUCUCUACUAUAUGUUGGUGUUUCUGUGGAGACCAUAAUGCAAAGACACAAUGAAUCAGUAGAGAGACAGGGCGGUCCAUGUAACCGUGAUGACCUUUUAACCCAUCGGUAUGUUCGGAGACAGGAGAGGAGCAUCCGACGUUCUACAUAUGAACUAGAUGUAGAUGAUGCAGUCAGUAUCAGCAUGUGGGUUGAAAGCCACCAGGAUCACAUUUUCUAUCAUGAAGAUUUCUCUGAUUCUGGACCUUUUACAUUGGGCAUUCAAACAGAGUGGCAGUUGCAACAAAUGAUUAGGUUUGGUAAUCGCAGCCUUCUGGCUUCUGAUUCAAGGUUUGGAACAAAUAAAUUGAAGUACCCUGUUCACAGUCUUGUCGUGUUCAACUCUGACAACAAGGCUAUCCCUGUGGCUUGGAUAAUAGCACCGAGGUUUGCAAGUUCAGAUUUGCAUAGAUGGAUGAGAGCUCUUUACAAUAGAGUUCGCACGAAAGAUCCCACUUGGAAGUUGGCUGGGUUCAUUGUGGAUGAUCCUCUAAGUGAUGUCCAUACAAUCAGGGAUGUAUUUGAGUGCUCUGUAUUGAUAUGCUUUUGGCGUGUCCGUCAUGCUUGGCAUAAGAACUUAAUAAAGAAAUGUCUGGCAACUGAGAUGCGAGUUGAGAUAUCAAGACGGCUUGGGCAGGCAGUGGAUGACAUCUGUCGAAGGCAGGGAACUGUUGGUUUGUUUGAGGAUCUAUUGGAGGAUUUUGUUGACGAGUCAGAUUUUGUGGAUUACUUUAAGGCGAUAUGGUAUCCUAGAAUAGGAGCAUGGACUGCGGCACUAGAAUCUCUUCCCCUUGCCAGCCAGGAGACGUGUGCAGCAAUGGAGUUUUAUCACAAUCAGUUGAAUCUCAGGUUAUUGAAUGAGAAGGACCUUGGUGUUUACCAACGUGCUGAUUGGUUGGUUGAUAAGUUGGGUACAAAAGUUCAUUCUUACUUCUGGCUUGAUGAGUACUCAGGGAAGGAUGAUUUUGCACGAUAUUGGAAAGAUGAGUGGGUGAGUGGAUUGACUACUUGGCGGAAAGCAUGGAAGAUUCCAGACACUGAUGUUAUCAUAGAGGAUAGAUGUGCAAAAGUUUCUGACCAGCUUGAUCGAGAUAAAGUUUAUGUCGUCUGGAAUCCCGGCUCGCAGUUUGGUAUUUGCAAUUGCAGUUGGGCUGAAAUGGGCAAUAUUUGUGAGCAUAUGUUCAAAGUUAUUAAUGUACGCCGUCAUCGAGGAUCUACUAUGCCAUCUAUCAGCCUAUUGCAGUACCACAAGGCAUUGAUAGACUUACUACAUUGCCCACCCCAUGAUUCUUUGAUUCGCGAUCAUGCUGUUUCUUUAGCAGUUUGUGUACAAAAGCAGCUAUAUCAACUAGUUGAUUUAGAUAGCUGUCAAACUACGUUGGAUUCCAAUCAGAAGCUUACUGUAGACAACAUUGAGCAGGAAACUGUUGAGGUGCCUUGUGCCGAUCAAGAUAGACAAUUAGUGAAUCAGAGUAACUGUAUGGAUGAAGACAUAUCUUCUCACGAUGAAAAUUGUGGGAAUGUAAACAAUGAUCCUGACAGUAUUGUAGGUGAUGUUGGUGGUGGGCUGAUUGAUAUGGUUGCCAGUGGAAAUGGCAUUUGUGGUGAGGGGGCUGGUGAAGAAAUUCCUUGUGCUGAUAUGGAUGCUGAGCCAUCAUCCAUCUGUAUUUCUCCACCUGGAUUGUAUUCUGUUGAUGAGGUUGUAGCUCGCACUGUCUUUUCGGAAAGCGGGGAUAGAGUCUUGACUAAUACAGGGAGCAAGAAUCCACUCCCCAAAGAUGCUUUCAGUGAUUGUAAUGGGUUUCAAGAUGAUAUCUUAAAUAAAGAUUGCCAUGAAAGUAUGAUGGAUGUGGAGCCAGUAUCAACUGAUGUUGCUCCAACUGCAGAGUUUCGGGAGAAACACAUAGUGAGCCAUCAAAAUGGUCUUGGAGAGAAUGGUGUUGAGCCUACAGUUUCUGGCAUUCAUGAUGCCGAUCCCAAUGCCCCGUCCAUAUCCUUGCCUGUCGAGUCACCGGUGGUUGAUAUGGAUGAAACUUCUGGCAUCAAGGAGAAGAAUGAAGGUGUAGACUUGAAUAGUGGAAAUGGAAGCAUAACUAAGAACACAUCCUUUGCUGUCAAUAAUAUCUCAGGAGAUGGUGUUCAUGAUGAUAUUGCACAUGAUUCUGAUGUUGGUCAUGACACAAAGGCAGUUUGAACCAUGGUGGCUGAACGCUCGGAAUCAUUGGUAUGAUGCCCAUUAAUGGCAGAUUACAUCAAGGAACAAUGACAUUCUCAGGUUUCAGCUUUUGGAACCGGUUCUUGUCAUGGGGAUCUGAAUAGAAGCCAUUCGCUAAUGGUGUCAGUGGUGGGAGAAAAGAGAGGCCUCUGUUUUGCCUUGGUCACGAAACAUUGGGAAACGUAGCUGCUAUAUAGUUAUAGGAUGCGUGGUUCACUCGUGCAGGGUGGGUUACGUAGCCAGGAAUUUUUUAAAGUUCCUUGGUGCUUGGAUAUCCUGUAUCUUGGUGUUUUGUUUUGUGUUUUUUUUCUUUUCUAAAUCGGUAUCUGUCAAAACAUCUAGGUGUUAUAAGUGCGUUUCUACUAUUUGGGACAAUUUGAUCCCUAUGCCGUCUUUGUAGGUUUGAUUCGUAGAUUUCACUUCUGUUGAAAAACAGUGUAAUUUGCAGCAUGCACAACUAGAAAAUUGUCUUUAGAAUA